AUGUAUCUGGAGAAUAAGAACACCUUGGAUAUGGAGAUGUCUCAGGCGGGAGAUCAGAAGCAUCCAAACAUGGUGGCGCAAAGGAAAUCUGAAGCUGUGGCGAGCAACUUUGAUGAGCUGCGUCUGUUGCAGGGAUUCUCAGAAAGAAAGGAAACACAAAAACUGCUGCAGGCUGCUCCUGUACCAACAGGACACCGUGUCAUCUGCAACAAUGUUCACCAGGGGCACAGGCGUAACUUUAGUAUGGUGAACUUCCUCAGAGGUAAAUCUAACCAGAACAACCACAAUGAGACGUCACCACUGCUUAAAAUCUCUCAGAAUGAUGGUAUAAGCUAUAUGACGCUGCAUGACCCCAGCUUUAGUCCUGUAGAAGAGUCGUGGGAUGGUAACCCAGCUGAGCUGGAGAGGAGAUGUCGAUUAGGGAGUGAGGUGGCCAGUCUCUCCCGGUCUGUUUCCACUGAGAAGAAUGAACACAACCUCAAACUUUCCUCCAAUUUCAGAUACUGUUUAAGAAUUGCAAAGCUUGUUGCCAUCUUUAUUGUUGUUGUUCUCUGUACACUUUUGUUCAGCAUGUAUCCUGAUCGAGAGAGACCCUGGAGAAUGCUGGCAGUGUCAUCCACCUCAAGUUUCUCCAUGAACUUGACAAACUUCAGGGACAAUGCCUUGCUGAAGCUUCAGGUGGGCGGUCCAUUCGCAAAUGUGAUUGAAACUGUCCCUGCUAAGGAGUACAUCCUGAUCCAAGUAGAACAGACUGCAGAAAUAACAGCUCGUAGGAGACGAGUGCAACAGGUAUUAUAUAACUGGACCAUACCUUUACAUUCCAAAAAGAGUACCCAGAUUCUGACAACGAGGACUUUCGUCAUGCUUAAAAGUGCUCCCAUCCAGAUCAACGUGCAGGCUUUCCUUCUGGACAAUCAGGUGGUUCCUCUCUCAAUGACAAACCAGUCACUCGCUCUUCAUGUGGAGACUCAGGUGCUCAUUGCUGGACUCAUCCUGGCUGGAGUCUAUGUGCUUAUCAUUUUCGAGAUUGUGCAUCGGACCCUUGCUGCCAUGUUGGGAUCUCUGGCUGCUCUAGCAGCUCUGGCCUAUAUUGGAGAUAGACCAAGUCUGAUGACAGUGGUGGAAUGGAUCGAUUAUGAAACCUUGGCUUUGCUGUUUGGCAUGAUGAUUUUGGUUGCCAUUUUUUCAGAGACGGGCUUCUUCGAUUACUGUGCUGUUAAAGCAUAUCAGUUAUCCAGAGGAAGAGUUUGGCCAAUGAUCAUGAUCCUGUGUCUCAUUGCUGCAAUUCUGUCUGCUUUUCUGGACAACGUGACCACCAUGAUGCUCUUUACUCCUGUUACUAUCAGGUUAUGUGAGGUGUUAAAUUUAGACCCAAGACACGUCCUGAUUGCAGAGGUUGUCUUCACCAACAUUGGAGGUGCUGCCACCGCUGUGGGGGAUCCCCCCAAUGUCAUCAUAGUGUCUAAUCAAGAUCUGCGCAAAAAGGGGCUUGAUUUUGCUGGAUUUACAGGCUACAUGUUUCUGGGAAUCUCUCUGGUGCUGCUGACCUCCUUUCCAUUUCUAAGAAUGCUCUACUGGAACAAAAAACUCUACAAUAAAGAGUCGAGUGAGAUUGUGGAACUGAAGCAUGAGAUUCUAGUGUGGAGACAGACGGCACAACGCAUCAACCCAGCCAGCCGAGAGGAGACUGCUGUCAAGUGUCUACUCAUGCAGAAGGUGCUUAACCUGGAAAGCCUCCUGCGCAAGACGCUCCAUACUUUCCAAAGGCAAAUUUCACAGGAAGACAAAAACUGGGAAAACAACAUUCUAGAGCUCCAGAAAAAGCACAAAAUCACAGACAAAGUCUUACUGGUAAAGUGUGUGUCCGUGCUGAGCAUCGUCAUCGUCAUGUUCUUCUUAAAUUCCUUUGUUCCUGGGAUUCAUCUGGAGCUAGGUUGGAUUGCUGUCUUGGGGGCUCUGUGGUUGCUCAUUCUGGCUGAUAUCCAGGACUUUGAGAUAAUCCUGCACAGAGUUGAAUGGGCCACACUGCUUUUCUUCGCUGCUCUCUUCGUGCUCAUGGAGGCUUUAGCUCAACUACAGCUCAUUGACUACAUCGGGGAACAGACAGCGUUGUUAAUAAAAGCUGUGCCGGAAGACAAGCGUCUGGCCAUUGCUAUCAUUCUGGUCAUGUGGGUCUCAGCCCUGGCAUCCUCGCUUAUAGACAACAUCCCCUUCACUGCCACCAUGAUUCCAGUGCUGAUCAACCUCAGUCAAGAUGAAGAUGUGAACCUGCCAAUAAAACCUCUCAUAUUUGCUUUGGCUAUGGGAGCAUGUUUAGGAGGUAAUGGGACACUGAUUGGUGCAUCUGCAAACGUGGUGUGUGCUGGAAUUGCAGAACAGCAUGGUUAUGGAUUCUCUUUCAUGGAAUUUUUCAGUUGCCACCUGCUUAAUGAAAGUGUGCUACAUGCUAAUCUAAAAGCCUCCCAGUUUCUGGCACUUCCUCAGCUGGAGGAAAACUCUGGUCAGUGGUAA